GUAAUCUCUGGACCUCUAUAAGUGUAAGGAAGUAACCUUAAUAGAUGCUACCAAACUCCCAGACUGAUUUCUUGGGUUUAUGUUUUUGUCCCUAGAUGGCCGGUGCCGCAGGACGUCGCGACAACGACGACGAUGGGAGGAAUGACAUUCAAGAACUGGCACGGGUUAUCCGGCAGUCGCAGCGAGAGCCCUACCCUAAGAUUGAUGUUCCGUUGUUCGACGGGAAUCAUGCCUCUUCUUGGGCAGACAAGUUCAAGCAAUUGGGAUAUAGCAACGAAUGGACAGAUGAGAAGAUGCUUCGCAUGGUAAAAAGGUACUGUCAGGUGGGGUACCGAGACGAGAUCGAUGAGCUGGUGCAGAUCUCUCGUGAUUGACUCGAAUGCGGCGACGGAACGAGCAGCUUCAGAAGGAAAGAGGGUCUGGAAAGGCAGUGGAAAGAGGAGCCUAUCCCCGUUAGUGAGAACGAUGAGGAUAACGAGGAUGAGAAGUUGCGGGCCGAAGAGGAAGAACGGGCUUGUUGUCGUGCACUGGAAAGGGAGCCGGAGAAAGGGAAGGCCGAAGUAAGCGAGGAGGAGCCACAAAAGAAGAAGAACAUUUAUUCGAUCCCCGUGGAGCAGGGAGUCGAUAUCGAGCAACUCCUCAAUAAGAUUCUGGAAAGUCAGCGCGACUUGGUCACGCUGAAGGAAAUUUUGGCGGUAUCGUCGAAAAUUCGAGAAGAGUUUAAACAGCGGAUGACUCGUAAGAGAAUCAUGACUGUUAAGCUCGGCGAAGUCAUUCUGCCGGAGGCUAACUGGUCCCCGCCUGGGACAAAGAUGGAUUGGCGAAGUGUGUCAACCGGCCAUAUGAAGGUCCAGAUUGGACAGCAGGAGUAUUCGGCACUUGUGGAUGAUGGAGCCGAGAUGAACAUCAUUCGUGAGCACCAUGUCAUCGAAGCUGGGUUGAAGAUCAACCGAGAUGACUAUGGGUUUCUGGUGGGCGCUAGCGGAUCGACCCCAUUCUGCGGGACAGCCAGUGGCGUUCUCGUCACGGUCGGAAAGGUUAAAGUCCGCUCUUAUUUCUACGUGUUACCUAGAGUGGAACACGAGGUGCUUCUGGGAAGGUCGUUCCUAUAUCGGUCAGAAAGCAUCAUCAUUAACAAGCAUGAUGAAACCAUGUUUGUAAUCCUUUGUGAUCCUGUCUGCAGUUAUUACAAAGUGGUCAAGUGUGCGAACACUGGACCCUAUUGCUCGCGGAACCGGCUAAACCCAGAAUCCUAUAGCUUCCCGGAGUCAGAAAAGUUGAGACGGGAGAAGGAAUCACUAGGGGAGGAGUCGAAUGCUCAAUCGGAUCAGGCAGAAGAAUCAGUUUCGGUUGAUGUCUUUCUGAAGGAGGAGGAGUCGAGAUUGAGUAUUAACUCUCUUGCCUACCUGACAGAUGGGGCCACUCGGCAUGGGAAAUCAAUAUGGAAUGCCCUCACUUGUCACGAGGUACGUUCAGAGCUCGUGAUGGAGGAACCUUUCAUUGAGGAGGAUCCAUGGGGUGAGCAAACCGCAGAGGAAAUGAUGAGGCGGACUUUGACCGAUGACAUCGACCUUAUGCUUGAUCCACUAACGAUUGAACAGGGCCAUACGCAGGCUGAUGACGCUUUCAAGACCGUUGGAAGAAUGUCAAGUAUCAUGAACUUGUUGGUUCAUGAGGAUCGCCUGAGGUUAAUGAAUGCGGAGGAAGGAGACAGUGAGGUCAAAGAAGCGUUUAAAGAAAAGGAGUACGAAGAGGAAUAUAAGAAAAUAGGCAUGUGGUUGAAUGGGGAAUUGGACGAAAGUGAGGUUGAUCCGGUUGUACGAGAGAAAAACAAAGGAUUCGUUGUUCGUGACGGUCAUCUCUUUAAGAAGGCUGCUGAUGGUGUCUCAAAGAGGGUGGUAUGCGGAACCUCCAGACAGUUGGAUGUGAUUGCUGCUCUACAUGAUGGGGUAGCCGGCGGGCAUAGGUCUGCGCGGGUAACUCUGAACAAGAUCCAACGUCUCUAUUUCUGGGAAGGGAUGAGCAAGAUGGUGAUUGACUUUUGUAAAUUUUGUUUCCCUUGUCRACAGAGGUCUAACAUCCACUACCUCGAACCUCUAAAUCCAUGUUAUGUGGCAGAACCGGGCGCAGUGGUGCAUUUGGAUCUCUUGAUAAUGCCACCCGGGAUAAAUGGGUACAGAUAUAUCUUUGACGUACGAGACAAUUUGACUGGGUUCGUUGAUGGUCGUGUUAUUCGCGAACGUACUGGAUCAGUUUUGACGGAGUGCAUUGAGGAAUAUUACCUCCGUUAUCCAUUUAUUCAAGAGAUUGUUAUGGAUCGAGGAGGCGAGUUUCGAGCAAAGGAGGUGCGAACGCUUUUGAAGAGACUUGGGUUGGUUCUGACAUUUGUCUUAGGCUAACCAAGAAAAUUGUAAAGUAUUAAUAAAAGUAUGGAAGUUGAAAGGUUAUCAACGGGAUUGUGACUCCUGUUAUUUUGUAAUAAUUGAUUUGUGUCAAACUGCCAUAGACAAUUGUAAAAUGACUAUGAUAUUUUUCUCACAAUUGUCUCUAUGCAUAAGAGGUAUUGGAUACUGGUUGUAAAGUAAAAGAGUGAUACCAAA